UUCUGCAAAAACCCUCAAGCAGCCCCAAAUUCAUUGGUCUCUAGUUGGGGUUCCAAAUCCCCGAACGUUAUAGGCGAUUGAAGAGAAUGGUUUUGUCGAAUAAGAAGCUAAAGCAGAAGCUUAGAGCGGCUAAAGCUGAAUUAUUGGCAGCUUCAGAAGCUCAAAACCAAUCCAUAAACAAAAAUUUCCAGAACCCGGAAUACCCAGAUUUAGGGACCCAAAAAUCUCUCAAUUCCCUUCUUGAGUCAGCAUCCCAGAAGCCCAGAUUGUCAAAGAGAGAAAAACGCAGACAAAAGGCACCUUCUUUGCAAGAAAAUGAUGAGAAAUUGAAUAAAGACGAAGAUGCUGGGUCAGGGGGUAUGGCUGAAUAUGAAAAGAGGAAAAACAAAAGGAAAAGAGAUGAAAAUCAGGAACUGGAAAAUGGGGAGGUGAAGGAGGUGAAAAAGUUGAGCAAAAAGAAGAAAAAGAAGAAGAAGAAAAAGAAGAAAGAGAGGAAGGGGAAAGAAGUGGAGGAGAAUGGAGAGGUGCAGGAGAGCUUGGGAACUGAGGCCGGUGUGAUUGAUGACCAAGAUUUAACACAGAGGGUUGAUUAUGAUAAUAGUGAAGGAAGUUUGGAUGCCGGUACUAAAGUUUAUGUUGGAGGUAUACCAUACUACUCGAGUGAAGAUGAUAUUAGGAGUUAUUUUGAAGGUUGUGGCACCAUAACUGAAAUUGACUGUAUGAAGUUUCCAGAGAGCGGAAAAUUCAGAGGGAUUGCCAUCAUUAGUUUCAAGACUGAAGCUGCAGCAAGGAGAGCGUUGGCCCUUGAUGGGUCUGACAUGGGAGGCCUAUUCCUAAAAAUUCAACCUUACAAAUCUGCUAGAGUUACCAAAACGUCUAACUUUGCUCCUAAAAUUGUGGAGGGGUACAAUAGGAUCUACAUUGGAAAUUUGUCCUGGGAUAUCACUGAAGAUGAUUUGAGGAAAUUUUUUUCAGUCUGCAAUAUUACGUCCAUCCGUUUUGGUGAAGACAAAGAAACAGGAGAUUUCCGAGGUUAUGCCCAUGUGGAUUUUUCAGAUAGUCUUUCCCUGAACACAGCAUUGAAAUUGGAUCAGAAGAUUGUUUGUGGAAGACCCAUUCGAAUAUCGUGUGCUGUUCCAAAGAAAGGAUCAGAAGAUAAGACAAAACUGUUACCAGAAAAUAAUCAAGCUGUUGGUGAUGGUGCGACUGCUGUUAGCGGGAAGAUUCGGAGGAGGACAUGUUACGAGUGUGGAGAGCGUGGCCACCUUUCAUCUUCUUGCCCAAAGAAGCAAGCAGCUGACCAAACGAGUCUUCAAACAAGUUAAUUUUGCGGACUGGCUCUCGAGGUCCAAGGAGCUGGAAGGCAUAAGAUGAUUUAGCUUUCUGUUUUAUUGCAUUGUAGAAUCUGUCUCGUAUCACACUGAAAUUGGAGUCUGAGAAAGCACAGAGACUCCUCCUCUUAGUCCUCAAAAUAUAAAUUCCUUCCCCAGUUUCACGGGUGGCUUGGCUUUGACUUUGGAAACUGGAAACUGGAAACAAGGGAGCUUAGUUGUUUUUUUU